AUGGACGACAACAACAGACUUACACAUAAACGCUCCAAGAGCUCGAGGAUUCGUAAUAUACUCCGCGGCGACGCCGCUUCAACAGAAGGCGCAGCAGAGGUAUCGUCUGAGAACGGGUUGUUGACUGCCAGCAACGUUGACCCGGAUCGCCUGUCGCCCUUGAGUCCCGCCGUUACCAGGACGUCCCAGACUUCCAUGGAUAGUCCCGCGGGGAUCUCACCCGUCGCCGGCGGGUCCAUAGACGAUUCUGUACGCACCUUUCGUGUGUUCGAAACGCUCCGAGGCAAAGACCCUGCUGCCGUCACUAAGGCCAUCCGAGACAACCAGCCAUCGGCCUCGCAUCCUCAGCCUAUUCCAGGCACGACGAUACUACACCUCGCGAUCCAGUGUGCGGAGCCACAGAUCGUGGAGCAGGUGAUUGAAGAAGGCAAGAACCUCGACAUAAAUGCACAGGACAAGGAGGGAAACACACCGCUGCACCUUGCGGCGCAACUUGGUCGCGCUCCCGUCGUGGUCAAGCUAUUAGACCAGGCCGAUGUCAACGAUACAAUCGUCAAUCGACAUGGCAAGUUGCCCAUUGAUCUCGCGAGGACGCCGGAGAUUUUUGGACAGUUACAACUAGCACGUUCUCUGUUCUUGGACAAGAUCGUGAAGCAGGUUCAAGACUAUGUUGCCAAAGGCGACUACAAGCAGUUGGAAGAGCUGCUGGGUGAGGCUCGGGUUGAAGGUACAUUGGAUGUCAAUGCACUCGAAUUGCCCACCGAGCCUCAGACCGUGCAGACGGGAGGUACCCUGCUCCAUGAAGCGGCGAGGAAAAGAGAUAUUCAACUCGCCCAAUUGCUACUGCUACGAGGUGCCGAUCCAUUCAGACGUGAUCGAAAGGGAAAACUACCUCAAGAUGUCACAAAGGACGACCGCACGAGAGCGAUACUGAAGAAGUCACCAGCCGCCGCGGCCGCACAGCGUGGCAUCCAGGAAAAAGCUAUCCUCGGCAGCCAUCCCUCUCACAACCGGACAGGGUCGGCCAACGUAGCUGAUACCAGCAAAGAUGCUCGAGAAAUGAAGGGCUACCUCAAAAAGUGGACCAACUACACUAGUGGAUACAAGCUGCGCUGGUUCGUGCUCGAAGACGGCGUGAUGAGCUACUACAAACAUCAGGAUGACGCGGGAUCGGCCUGUCGUGGUGCCAUCAACAUGCGUAUCGCUCGAUUGCACAUGGACGCUCAGGACAAGACUCGUUUCGAAAUUCACGGCAAGUCUUCUGUCAAAUACCAUCUCAAAGCCAACCACGUUGUCGAGGCCAAGAGAUGGUUUUGGUCGCUCAACAAUGCUAUUCAGUAUGCGAAAGAUGAGGUCAAGGAAGAGGCCCACAGACGUGCUCCUGAUGCCGAUGCUGCCCGUCAAGCUCCAUCUGAGGCCCAGGCGUCCAAUGUUAGCGUCACGAGUGCACGACCGAAGGGCUCUCAGCAGCUAGGAGUGCCGCCUAGUGUGUCACGGGUCAGCUUCAGGUCAGAAGGAGACUCUGCAUCGGUCUACGAGUCGCAAGAGCACAGUGUUAUGGGAGACGAUCUCCAGCGUGUUCCGACCAACGCGGGCACAGCCACUGUUGAUGGUGACGAGGACAUGGACGGUGACGACGCUAGUAGCCAUGAAGUCCACCAUCCUGGGAGCAAGGACGCGUUUAACAUCACUGCACAGUCGGCGAAGCUUCAGCUCGACCUGUUGUCUCGUGUUUCGGGUGCACUGGUCAGUAGAUCGUCAUCACAGCCGGAUACCAAAUUGGCAGAUCCAGACGUCGCGUCGGCGCUGUCCGCAUACGAAACAGCUGUCAGUAGUCUCAAUAGUCUGAUCGCGGACUUGUUGAAGAUAUCGCGGGAUCGCGACGCGUACUGGCAAUACCGUCUGGACCGAGAUGCGGACGCCAGAAAGAUGUGGGAAGAGAGCAUGGCUCAAAUUGCGUAUGAGCACGAAGAUCUGAAGAAGUUCAUUUCCGAGUCUGAGGAGAAGCGUAAGCGCACCAAGCGAGCGCUGAAAGAGGCUCUCGAGGGCCAAUCCCAUCCUGAAAGUCGUCCCGGAUCGACACAUGGUCAAGAAGCGCCAAAGGUUGAGUUUGCAGAAGCAUACCAGGAGCAGAUCCGUCCUGAGGCCAAGAAGGCCGCCGUGACCAGGAAUAGGCGUAUGUCGACCACUAUACGCGAAGGCAAUAGGCGGAAGUCGGUGAUUGCGCAAUAUACGAAUCUGUCAGACUCUGAGUCUGGCGAUGACGAGGAGUUUUUCGACGCAGUCGACGCCGACGAAGUCGAGGUCAUUGAACGAUUCGAAUCAGACACGAGUGUGGAACCCGAGCAAGUCAAAGAAGAGACGGACGACGAGCGGACAACGAAAGCAAAGUCGAUUGAGCCGUCCUUUGCCGGCUACGAAGAUCCGAUACGUAAGAAGUUGAAGCUUGAUGCCGACAAUCGUCCCAAGAUCUCCCUUUGGGGAAUCCUCAAGUCGAUGAUCGGCAAGGACAUGACCAAGAUGACCUUGCCAGUCACAUUCAACGAACCGACUUCAUUACUCCAGCGUGUGGCUGAGGACAUGGAGUAUACGGACCUCCUGGAUCUGGCCGCCGAUCGAAUCGAUUCCACAGAACGCAUGGUCUACGUCGCAGCUUUUGCGGCAUCAGAAUACGCAUCCACAAUCGGGCGUGUCGCGAAGCCCUUCAAUCCGCUCCUCGGUGAGACAUACGAGUAUGUGCGACCCGACAAGGGCUAUCGCUUCCUGGUAGAGCAGGUUAGUCACCACCCGCCGAUUGGUGCUGCAUAUGCCGAAUCAGCACGCUGGGACUACUGGGGUGAGUCGGCAGUGAAGUCGAAGUUCUACGGUAAGAGCUUCGACAUCAACCCGUUGGGGACCUGGUUCUUACGCAUCCGGCCCAAAUCCGGCAAGCCCGAGAUCUACACCUGGAAGAAAGUGACCUCUUCCGUCGUGGGCAUCAUCACCGGCAACCCUGUUGUCGACAACUACGGCCCAAUGGAGAUCAAGAACUGGACGACGGGCGAGGUCUGCGUCCUGGAGUUCAAAGCUCGCGGCUGGAAGCCCAGCUCCGCCUACCACGUCCAGGGCAAGGUCUCCGACGCCUCCGGCGUGACGAAAUGGAGUAUCGGGGGACGCUGGAAUGACAAGAUCUACGCACGGAAGACGGAAGGCUUUGAGGAUGUCGAAGUCGGCGGCUCGCGAGCAAACCAGGCCAUGCUGGUGUGGCAAGCCCACGAUCGCCCGACGGGGAUCCCAUUCAACCUCACGCCUUUCGUAGUGACGCUCAAUGCCGUGCCGGAGAAGCUUCAGGAGAGACUCCCGCCCACGGACACGCGCCUCCGUCCCGAUCAGCGCGCGAUGGAGGAUGGAGAGUAUGAUUUCGCUGCGACGGAGAAGAAUCGCGUUGAGGAGAAGCAAAGAGCGGCGAGAAGGGUGAGGGAGAAUGAGGGUGUGGAAUGGAAGCCGAAAUGGUUCAAUAAGAAGAGGGAUGAGUUGACUGGGGAGAGUUACUGGGCUUUUGGUGGUGAGGGCGGCAGUUACUGGGAGAGCAGGCAGAAGGGAGAUUGGUCGGGGGAGGUUGAGGUCGUGGAGCCGGACAAUGUGAAGAACAAGGGGAAGGCGAAGGAGAAAGGUGGGAAGCUGGAUGGCAAAGGUGAGAAAGGGCGUAGUAACGACCGCAUUGUCAAGACGCCCAAAAAGAGCCAUGGUCGAAGGCGAGGUAAGGACAGCAGUGGAGGCCGUCAAGCCAGGAUAGAGGAAGAGACUGAGCCAGAGGUCGAGCCAGGGCAGGUGCCGGCGAAGGAGGAUGAUCCGAAAGUGGUCGAGCCCCAAGCUAUCACACCAAAGCAGUCACCUGCGAAGGAUGUCGUGCGGGAAGCGGUUGAGCCGAACGACAUAAGGCCAAACCAGGUCGAGGUCAAGGGUUCCAAGCUCGAAGACUUGUCGGCAACGGAGGUACAAGUGGAGGGCUUGUCAGCAACUCACACGAAGUCGCAGGUAAAGGGUUGGACAGUGAAGAUGGGUGGUGGUUGGUCACUCACGUCCUGA